AACCUGGCACUGGGAAGUGGCCUGGCUGUGUGUGGGAACGUACUGAUUAGCGUUUCACUUAAUUUACAGAAAUAUGUCCACCUCAGGAAUGCAGCCAGGGAGAUACAAGCACAAAGACAUUACACAAAAGAAGUUCUGUGGUGGCUGGGUCUUGUGCUGAUGGGUGGUGGGGAGCUGUUCAACUUCACGGCAUACGGCUUCGCCCCGGCAUCAGUCGUUGCUCCACUGGGAAGCACAACAGUUGUUGCCAAUCUUUUUGUGGCUGCAAUGUUCCUGAAAGAAAAGAUCCGCUCAGAGAAUUUAUUUGGAUGUGCGUUGGCAAUCAUUGGGGCCUUCUUGUUGGUGACAUUUUCGAGCGAUAAUGCAAAGGUUAUGGGAAGCUAUGAGAUCACCCGCUCACUGGCUCAACCUAUUUUCGUUGCUUAUGUUUGCCUGGAGAUGAUCCUCCUGAGUGGCUUACUGAUUCUGCUCUACUGCAGGGGAGUCAAGCACGUGCUCGUGUACCUGCUCAUUUCCUCUGUGACAGCAUCUUUCACCGUGAUUUCUGCAAAAGCUGUGUCAGGCAUGGUUCAGCUGUCCGUCGUGGGAUUCAACCAGUGGAAUAAACCGGUCUUCUAUGCCAUGUUGGUGGUUCUGAUUCUAACCGCCCUCAUCCAGAUCAAAUUUGUCAACCUGGCAAUGAAGACUGCAGACGCGACCAUUGUGGUGCCUGUGAACUUCGUCAUCUUUACAAUCUCUGCGAUUCUAGCAGGCAUUAUUUUCUACCGUGAAUUCUAUGGAAUGACCGGCGUGCAGAUGACUAUGUUUCUCUUUGGCUGCGCUCUGUCGUUUCUGGCCGUCUACUUUAUCGCGGUUGGUAAAACAGACAAUUCUGUUGGUGUGAUGAUACCUGAUGGCAAGUCUCAGCAAGUGACCUCAGACCUCAUCCCUUCAUGGAUGCAGGCAAGCAUGAACAUUGGGUAUGUUCAACCUCACGGACAGGUGGAACACUUGAAAAAUAUAGACAGCGACCAGGUGCCUAUACUAGGUGCUCAAGCUCUGGAGACAAUAGAGGAGCAGACAGAAGGUUCCAGCAGGUACGGAGACGACAGUGACACCGUGUCGAUCACUUCCAUGGACAUGCUCGUUGACCGAGAGAAGCUCGACAAGGACGUGUGUGGCGUCACCAAUCUGGCAAGUAAUUAA